AAGACUUCGAUCUGUUGCAGUGGUUCGACGAACUCAUGUUCCGCCAGACAGAUUGACCUUUCGUUUCAACUACGAACACCGUUGCUAUUUCAUCGCAAGCGGUGUCCUCUGAAGACAGCGUACCUAUUCCCGCUCGUCCCCUCUGCGGAGGUUGACGAGCGUGGUCAAGUUCAGGCAGAGACAAGAUGCACUUGUACUCAUCGCCGCCGCCGUUCCGUAACCCAGACCAGGAUAAGCCAACACUUUUAGUUUGUUGGUGGAUUACGCUGUUUUGCACAGUCAUAAUACUAUUGCGCAUUGCCGGUCGUUUCGUUCGAUCCGAGAAGUUGUUUAGGGAAGACAAAACGGCUGCAUUGGCUAUCAUCCCGCUCUAUCUGCGCAUGGGAUGUGUUCACAUUAUCCUGCUUUACGGAACUAACAAUGCACAUUUCACCGAGUUGACGGACGAAGACAUUCAUAAGAAGUCGAUAGCUAGUGGCUUGGUGCUUGCUAGCCGGAUAUUUUAUGCGGCAACGCUCUGGAUCCUUAAAUUCGCCAUUCUCGAAUUCUUCAAACGCUUAACGAGUAUUACCUGGAAGCGUUCACACGAAAUCACUCUAAUAUUCAUACGGGCUACCCUAGUUGCGACUUUCGUAGCUGUUCUAAUAGCAGAUUUGACAGAAUGUCGCUCAUUCGUCCGCUAUUGGCAAGUUGUGCCGGACCCUGGCGGCCAAUGCCGUCAGGGAUUCGCCCAGCUCAUCACAAUGGCUGCUUGCAAUAUCUUAACCGACCUUCUCCUCGUUUUCUACCCGAUUCCUAUUAUCCUUACUAGUCACAUGGGCACUAAGAGGAAGGUUCAAUUAACACUGCUGUUUUCUGUGAGCUUGGCUGUCGUGGCGAUGACGGGGUAUCGUGUUCCUCGUAUAAUUCGUGCGCAUGGGAGCCAGCAGCUACGCUCUUUGCUUGCUUCUGUUGAGAUCCUCUUCGCUACAGCCGCGGCUAACACUCUGGUUCUUGGAUCAUUUGUCCGAGAUCGGGGCGUAAAGAAAACUAGGUAUAGGCAUAACUCCAUGAUUGCCGAAUCUGUUGACUACUCGAUCGAACGUAGGACUCCGUAUCAAAGACAUUGGGGCAGUGACGAGGAUUUGGUGAGAGGUCUGGGUCUCGGUGCGGACCGUGAGCUCCAGGAUGCCGUAAGACGACAAAAUCAGGGCGAAAAACCAGCCAAACCUGUCUUAGCCGUGGAUACUUGGCAGCUCUCUCGAAAUCGUCAAAGCAACGCUACGCAUAGUUUCUUAGACCGAGACCAAAUUACUACAUCUAGAAGCAACUCUGCCAUAACACCUCGCAAAGUUUCAUUCUUCGAUGUUGGUGGACUACUUGAUGGCGAACCAUCUCGAAGCGGACGAGACAGUCUUAACUCUAGCCUUGGGCCACCAUCAUCUCUCACCCCAAGCGCUCCUUCCUCUGUUAAGCAAGCGACGUCCAAUGGAAUACGUCGCGGCUCUCAGGUAGUACUACAAGACUUAAGCGGUCUUCUCAGCCCUCUCAACCCUAGACAGUCUCGAUCGAGCUCUAAUAAUGGAACCGAACUGGAAUCAAUACCUCAGCACCCUCAAGAAGCAACGCAAGAUUCUUCCAAUAGCCGCAGUAGUUCAAAUGACACAGACGGGGACACAGAUGCGGAUAAAAAAGACUAGGGGUUGGUGUUCCUCGUGAGACGGCACUCGGGGCAAUUUAAGGUUUCCCCAAGUCUAUGGUAACCCACCUCGGAGAAGAAAGAUCGACCUAGGGCCGCCUAUCUCGUACUCUCGCAUAUUCAGGAACUAGCAGGUUUCUGCCGUCAAAACGCCUAAUAGGCUUUAGGAUCUACCGAGCGAAAUAUUGCUCUUU